AUGCAAGGGCCUCUAUCGCUAGGCAGCGGUUUAAGCGCAGUGCUUGUGGCAUAUUUGCAGAGCAAGCGAGGGCCCCAUGCGGGUAUGCCACGUCUCUGGCUUUCUAGUGGCUGCCUCAUUGGUGCCGUUGUGCCCUUCACUGUGAUUAAGAUGUUGACGCUUAACAACAAGCUCGUGGACUCCAAGAGCUGCGUGCAUCGUGGUCAGUCGUGGAUGCGGAUCAUGUUAAGGAGGUGGGGCAAACUUCAUUCAGUGCGCGCAGGGGCCAGCGUAUUGGCGUAUACGGGAAUGUUGGUUGCUAUGGCGUGUGGGGGAGAUCGAACAUCGAAUGAUUCGUCGCAAAAUUUGAUCAACGCAACUUCGGGAAAGGGCAAAAGUUGCUGGGACUCGGUGGCUUCUUCGUUUUCUCAAAUUUACGAACUUCAUUUAGCCUCAGUGGUGGAAAUCCCUAAAAACGAAAGCGUGUUCAGUUUUCAUUUGGCUAAAGAACGCAAACACCGAAUAUGUGCCCACGACGCCCACACUUAUAUCAGCAAGCUAAUCCAACAAUGUUGUAUCCAAUUAUUUGUGGAUGCACCAGCUCAACUGCAUCGUGCACUGGUUAAUUUUAAUCAAUGGCUAGCUGAAAAGCUACAGGACACGCAAUCUGGAAGUGAUCAAGGACCAGAGCAAAACAAAGUUCUAUCGCUGUCUCUGGAAGAGCCACACGAUCAAACACAAUCACUGGAUGUAGCUGUCACUGCCGUAAGCUCAAGCCCGACUCAGUCAAUAAAAACGAAUUGCAAGCUCAACAUGGUUCGAUGCAAUAGUCUUCAGCAUAUUGAUGUGAAUUUUCAGACGCAAGCGAAAGAUUUGGAAGAAAAUUUGAAAAUGCAUUUUCGGUCAUUUGAAUUGCAGAAAUCGCUCGAGCGGCAGCAAGAGGUGCGCUCGCUACAAUCUCGAUGCCAUGUCACAGAAAAUCAAGACUUAGGCUCGUACAAUCAAAACUUGUUUGGCCCGAGAUUACCGCAUGCAAUGCAAACUGCAGACGAAGUGAGCUCUCCGCGAAAACGCCGUCAAAGUGCACUUGCAAAUGUGCCUGAUUUCGGCAUGAACGAAAAAAGUGCUGCGAAUUAUAGCUCAAAAAGCUCAGAAGACGUAACCGAUUUUGAAGAGGACGGCGUUGAUGGAGUUGAUUAUCGGAAUCAAAACAUUCGAUUGCACAGACAAAAACCUUCGGAAGAUACUCGGUAUUCGCAAUCCCCCGAUUUUGUAGGCAAAUCGUUCCCUGAAUGCGACAACGGUGACUAUCAACAUCUUCUCGAGUUGCAAGGAAACGAAGAAAACAACAGGAGGUGGUACCAACAAGCUUUGCAUUCGCUUAAUGUAAAUCGUGAGCAACGUCGACUACUGCUCAAAAGCAGGACUAAAACUGCUAAUAGACCUAUCACCAGUUUCUCCUCGUAUCUUGUAAAAGAAGCGACGUACGAUGCUCACGAGUUCUUGCGACUUGUUUCUUUUCGAGAGUCCAAUAAAGACGGCGAGGACUUGACAUGGUAUCGCCGAGCAUUGCAACAUCUCAAGAACGAGCGUAUCCAUUGUGAGGGCUCUCGCGACCGCGACUCGGUAGCCUCUACCGUUUCUAUUGUUGACUAA